AUGGCCUUGUCUCGUGCUUACACCAGUUCUACAAGUGGCCUUGAUGAAGAAGAACGGAUCAGUUCAAAUUCUAUGGUUCAAACUGAAUCUCCUGAACAUUAUUUGUUAAAACAAUAUGACGAUGGUUUUCCUAUUAUUACAUCGGUUUUUUCAUUGGCAUCAUCAUCUAGUGAAAUCCAAACAGAAAACCAUAAUUUGAAUAAGGAACUUAUUGAUAACCAGCUCACAAUUUCCCCUUUAAUCCCAAAAACAGUAAUACCCAAAACUUUUGAUUACCCAGAGAAAGGUGAUAAUAACCCAGUCGUUUCUUCAUUCGUCGUUAAUUGCCACGAGGAUGAAGCCAUUACAGUUUCCUCCCAAACACGAACGACUGGAGUAAAAAAUGAAGACAUUAAUCCAGGUUUUCAAAACUUUCUAAGAGGUUGCUACAUUAUUGCAGGUUCUGAUACUAAACUAUCGAAUCUCUUGCGUGUUAAUGGCACAGACAAAGAUAUAAACCCUUCUGAGUCACAAUCGGAAGUACUUGACAUGAAGGUGGAAGACCAUGCUACUAACUUUGAUGGUGUGCUAUCAUGGAAAAGGAGACCUCACUGCUCUACAGAACAUAACUGCCUUACAGCAGAACAACCAGAUUUGAUCGCGAUGUGCAACGCAGCAGAUACAACCAAUGUAGGUAUUAUGACAGAACGGGAGGCGAGAAUCCUUCGUUUAAAGGAUCUAUUACGUCAAAAAGAAGCAGAAGUCGAAAAAGUUCGCUUCUUAUCAAAAAAGAGUACUUUGUCAGCUACAAUUGAUAAGAUUAAACUUCGAUUGUCGACAAGAAACGAUUCGCUAAGUCAUCAAACUUCUUUAGCACAUCCCAACAAGGAAUCUUCAAAUGAACAACUGCCGAAUGCGCCAAAUCUGGACCAGAAAUACAUGUAUGGUUGUGAUGGAACAGUAUAG